CAGUAACAGACAGUGCACAUUUUGUCCUGGCCGUUAAUGCACGCGGGGCGCAGAAAAAUCGUUUCACACUUGCAGGAAACGCAUGCGCGCAGAGGAAACCAACCGGUUUGUGUCAAUUCGAGGCAGACGGAUGUGAUCGAGCCAAAAAAAUCACCUGUAUUCUGGCAUUCAUGGUGACACAGGUGAUUGCUUCGAAUCGACCAUCAUGCAUGCGUGUUUAUCCUCCCGAGGAUGCGACUGAUGGAUGCGAUUGCUGCGGUCCAAGAGCAACGCCUUGUCGCUAUCAUUACUGCUCAUCCCUCACAGACUGAGACAGAGGAGGAGAGAGGAGGGCGGUUGACGCUCAUCACAAUUUGGUUUUUGUUGCAUUCAGCAUGAACCAACAUACCGUCCAUGGGCUCAGAGCGGGUGGAGAUGCGUAAGAGGCAGAUGCAGGUUCAUCAGGAAGCAGCUGCCAGUGUCCUCCAAGCGCGCCACAGGAUGGGGAACACCCCCACAAACGCCUCAAACGCCUGCUGCUUCUGCUGGUGCUGCUGCUGUAGCUGCUCCUGUUUGACUGUUAGGAGUGAGGACGAGACAAUACAGAGGUCCACUUUUGAGCACAGAGCAGAGGAAACUACUAAUUGUGAAGAAAGCCUGAAGCCUACUCUGGAUGACGCUCGCUCCUGGCCCAUGUCGUUUGAAAAGGUAAUGAAAAGCGCAGCGGGUCGUGGCUGCUUCAGGCAGUUCCUGCGGACGGAGUUCAGCGAGGAGAACAUGAUGUUCUGGCUCGCCUGCGAGGAGCUCAAAAAGGAGACCAAUAAGACUGUGGUGGAGGAGAAAGUCCGUCAAAUAUACGAGGACUUCAUCUCAAUCCUUUCCCCUAAAGAGGUCAGUUUGGACUCUCGUGUUCGAGAAGUGAUAAACCGCAACAUGUUGGAGCCGACCUCGCACACGUUUGACGACGCUCAGCAGCAAAUCUACACGCUGAUGCAGAGAGACUCGUACCCCCGCUUCAUAAACUCGUCGGAGUAUGCAGAUCUGCUGAAGAGCCUGGAGGAGCCUCCCCCCGAGCCAUAGACCUUCCACUGCCACACACCUAGCUUUUCUAAAUGGCGCAUGUGUCCCAUCCAAAAGUUUUGUGUUCCUGUUGGGAGUCGUGCUAUUUACAGAAAGACAGACAGGAAAAUGAACACUACUUAAAACCGGUCUUUAUCCAGCUGUUAACUGCUGUUUAUUCACCCACGAUUAGCUUACCAAAACACUUGGAGCAAACAAGAACAAAUGUUCGGUCCAGCAUCAGUUACUUGUUCGAAAACAUAUCUAUAUUUUUAUAUAUUCCCUAGCGCUUGACAUUGCACUUUUCUACCUUAUUUAAUGAGGGAAAGCAUGCAUCUGUGAGCACUGCAUUUGUAUUUAGGUAUAUUGUGGGCCUUAAUGCAUAUCCAGUUCUUGUAGAAACUAAUAGGUUUUAUUUAACAGCAAUUUAAGAAGAAGGAAAGUGCCUUGGAAUAAGAUCUUCUACACUAGCACCUUUGGUCUAACAUGAAUGGUGCGACAAUGACUUCAUAUGUUGGUGCUUUCAGCUCUUCUCAAAGAUCAAAGUUUUUACAACUCAAUGAGCUGAGGAUACCUGGAAAUAGAUUUUGUCUGUGUUUCAAUACUGUGAUAUUAGUCAUAUUAUAUUUAAUUUAAACAAAACGGGCGAAAACUGAAUAUGACCAUGACCACUGAUAUAUUUGUGUAUUUAAAACAUGGAAUUUGUGUGAAAUACCUAUUUGAAUUCUCACAAAUUAAAUAAAGCACAAUCGUAUGUU